GAUUUCUUGUAGGCAAACGGCUGGCGAUCAUGGCCGAGGAGAAACAUCGCAUGCUCUACCAGGGCCAGGACCCCAGUCAGCCGGUGUUGCGGCAUCUGGCGUUGCUGCCACGUGCCUGCAGCGAUGGCAACAUUCCAGUCGCACCUCAACAGCUGCCAACUUAUGACGAUGCCGUGGCAAAGGCAAAGGCGAGUCAGCUGCCUGUCGAUCGUCGUCGCACAUUCUUCGCUGAGCCGCAGCAUCUGCGCAGCCGACUCGAGCUAGAGCAACAAUCGGUCAACGCGUCGGCUACGCAACUUCCAUACGAAGUUGUUUCCGAAGUGCAACCAGCAGCUGCUGUUCGAUUGCCGCAAGUGCGCAGCUUCUUUGCGCUGGCGCCGCAGCCAAAGCUGGCUGCCACAUCCUGUGCGAUUGUGUGUCCUGCGUGUGGCCAACAAGGACGCACGCGUCUGCAGCGCAUGCCGAAUGCUCGCACACACACCUGGGCUCUUUGGCUCUGCUCCUUCGGCUGGUGUUGCUGCUGUUGCCUUUAUCCGUAUGUGCUGCGUGGCUGCCGCACCACGAGUCAUUACUGCAACGCCUGUCGCACUUUUCUGGGUGCCUACUAUCCCAGAGAUUGCUGCCCAUAAACGAAUUCUAUUCUAUUUCUUUAGUUUAUAUAUUAAAAUUUCUAUUAUAUUUUAUACUAUAAUAAAUAUUUAGAUGCUAAGUCUAUAUAAACAAAAAGGAAAGCUAAUAAUAAUAAUGGUAA